GGGAGCUUGGUGUCCUCCCGUCCUGUAUUUCCUAUUUAGUACUAGUUGAAUUGCUCUUCGGCUCUCUGUACUCCGUCUGCCGAGCACCGGAUACAAGCCACACUUCAUUGCAAUUCUAAUAAUACCCGAACAACCAGAAUGGAGCACAACGUGAGGAAACCCUGGAUAGAGACCCCGUUGAUUGAGUCUACUGCGCUCUCGAAAGUGGCAGGAUGUAGAAUAUUCCUGAAACUCGAACUUCUCCAACCCAGCGGCUCCUUCAAGUCACGCGGAAUCGGAAACCUAAUCCUCUCGUCUCUAACGGAUCCAGCAAAUACCAACAAGGAGAUCCACUUCUACAGCUCCUCCGGCGGUAAUGCAGGAUUAGCUGCUGUUGUCGCAGCCCGGGAUAUCGGACGGCCCUGUACGGUCGUCGUCCCGCUCUCCACGCCGGCGAUGAUGGUUGCCAAGUUGCGUACUGCGGGGGCGGAAGAGGUUAUCCAGCAUGGAGCGAGUUGGUUCGAGGCUGAUACGUAUCUGCGGGAGAAGUUUAUUAAUAACCAGGAUGAUGAUGACGAUAGAAGGAAUAUUUACAUUCCCCCGUUUGAUCAUCCCGAGAUCUGGAAGGGGGCCAGUACCAUGGUUCCUGAGAUUGCGACGCAGUUACCCCCUCGCGACGACCCGGAGGGGUCUUCUUUAUUCCCUGCUGACGCGAUUGUCUGUAGUGUUGGCGGUGGGGGACUGUUCAAUGGUAUCGUCGAGGGACUCGGGGAAUAUCUGCAGCUGCAGUCCUCUAGGGAGGAAGAACUCGAGGAAAAGAGGAAACCCGUCCACGUCCUGGCGGUCGAAACGCAGGGAACGGCAUCUCUCGCCCUCUCUCUCCAGAAAGGAUCCCUGCAGUCCCUUCCUGCGAUAACGUCCCUGGCGACGUCUCUGGGUGCGCUGCAGGUGGCGCCUCAGACGCUGAAGCAUGCGCAAUCACCCCCCGCCGGGGUUGUGGUGACUAGUGUCGCGGGCUCGGAUGCUGAAGCUGCUAGAGGCGUGGUCAGAUUGGCUGAUGAGAUGCGGUUGCUGGUUGAAUUGGCUUGUGGGAUCAGUGUAGAUGUCGCUGGGCAACGAUUGAAGGAGGUGGCUAAGGAUCUGACUCCUGAUAGCCGUGUGGUGGUUAUUGUUUGUGGGGGGAGCAAUAUCACUGCUGAGAAGGUUGCUGAGUAUCGGCAGCGGUUGAAGGACGGAUGGGAAUAGUAGAAUAGAAUACAUGCAUCGUCUAGACACUUUUGUGGAUAAAAGGACCUUUUUAUUGCUACUCCGAUGAUAC